AUGGCAGACGAGGAGCGCUCGCAGUCCCCUCCUCAAGUGUACGUGUGCAAGAAUGGUAUCAUCCAGUCGGACAUGAGCAUGGGCAUGCCGUCGGUGAUCCUGGCGGAGAACAAGGCCAACGGGAUCUACAUCGACGAGCUGGAUGGGAAAUGGGACAAGUUCCCCCCAGCUACCUAUGUGAUCGACAGGCCCAAGAACGAGGCGGGGGCGACAGAGGGCAACGACAUGGAGAGGGCUGACCACCAGUCGUCGGAGAAGGAGGCUGACAUGGACGUGCUGCACAACGAGGCGAGCCCUGAAGCAGCUGAUCGCCCCGACCGCUGCAGAGACGAGAGGGCAGACGCGAAGGAGGAGGGAAAUGAGGGAGAGUCCUCCCAGAGCAAGGGCUCUCCUGCUGACCAGCAGUCAGCGGAGAACGGCUCGACCCCUCCCGCAGACUCACAUGCAGCAAGCUCCAAGCGUCCAGCCCCCGACUAUGCUUCGCCUGCCGGGGAGGAGAAAGAUGUGGAGGGGGCAGAGGAGAGGGAGGGGAAGAGAGCCAAGAACCAGGAGAUCCUGUCGGAUGGUAAGUCAGCGCAGAACUCAGACAACGAGUCGACCAAGUCCAACAACGACAACAACGACAACGACGACGACAGCAACAAAGAUAGCAACAAUAGUAACACGAAGAAAAGCGGCAGUAGCAGCAACAACAAGUCAGGCGUCAGCCUUCGGCCCAGGAGAAGCGUGCAGAAGUCGAUCACCUACAUUGCGCAUGGGCCGAGGGCGGGGAUGGUGAAGGAGGGAAACAGGAAGCGAGAGCCGGACAAGACCAGGGAGGAGGCGAACAAGAUAGCCGAGGACCUCCUGGAGCUGUCGGAUCGCAUCCCGUACAGUGCUGUAUGGCAGAGGGAGCAGUCGGUAUGGCGGAAGUUCAAGAAGGCCUGCAGGUCAGCCACCGGGGGCAACGACCUUGCCCAGCUGCUCGCCUGGCUGUCGCUGCAGAGUUGCGAGUCGCUCGAUACCGUGCGAGAUCUGAUGAGCACUUAUGAAGAGAAGGCGCUCAACUGGAAGUACCUGGCAGACUUGUUCUCCAUGGAGAGGGGAGAGAUUUCUACGUGGAAGAGCGACAAGGAGGAGGAGGAGGCAGGACUCUCAGGGACGAGGUGGGUGAGCCAGCAGCGCAUUUGGUCGAUCCUGCUGUCGCAGGAGGUGCGGUUGAAGCUGCAAGAGCUGCGGCAGCAACUCUGUGUUCCAAGCGGCGAGACGCACGACGACGAGGUCUCGUGGAUUUCAGUCUCCAUCCUGCGCCAUCAGGCUGCAUGCCUGGCUCAAAUUCCCCAGGGGGAGUCCUACUCGACCAUGCUGAGCAACACGCUGCAGUCGGCGAAGGAGUCGGUAUACCUGCUGGAGGGAGGCGGCGAGAAGAAUGAGGAGGGGAGGAAAGGCUGA